AUGGCUUCCAAGACUGCGAGUGUUUGCGCCUAUUUGGCGCGUGUCUGUGCAAACAGACCGAUUCAUUUCAUCAUCAGUACCGCGCUUGUUGCGUCGAUCACGUACCUGUCGAUUUUGGACCACUAUGCUACCAGCUUGAACGCUGAUUCAUCCAAACCCGUGUCAUUUUACCAUCCGUCGGGAUCUUCCGACUACAACAAGUGGGUCCAGGUGGAGAAUCUAUCAGACUAUGACUCCAUCGACCAUUAUGCACUGACCCCUAUAAAAUUCAAACGCGUGGGCGACUCCAGCCUGCCGGUGUAUGACAAUAUGAUUGUUGGAAUGGAGGAAAACGAGAAAAUCUUGGUUUCUGACUACUCCUCCACCGAUUCAUUGUACGAACAACUCGAGACCCUGAGUGGAUCCCACGACACUGAGUUCAAGCUCAGAAGUUCCCAUCGCAUUGGAAGAUACUACGAGUACAUCAAGUCUCUUUUCUCCAAAGUGGGAAGCCUCAUCAAGGGAGCAGAACCAUUUGACAUCAUCUUGGUCACCGUGGCUUAUGGUGCCAUGUGGUUCACCUUUGCCCAGCUUUUCUUCGAGAUGAAGAAAUUGGGAUCCAAUUUCUGGCUUGCGUUUGGCUCGCUUCUUUCUUCUGGUAUCGCAUUCCUGUUUGCUCUUGCCAUUGGAACCACCUUGCUUAACUUGAAAGUUCCUUUAAUCUCGUUGAGCGAAGGUCUGCCAUUUUUGGUUGCAACCAUUGGGUUCAAGCACAAAAUUGCAUUCACCGCCCCAGUGUUGAAAGCCUUGAAUUCGCGGUCUGGAAACGACGUUCCUCAGGUCAUUUCCGACGUUGUCAAGUUCCAGACGGCAAUCCCUCUGAUUAAGGACCAAUCGAUCAUCAUCGCUUGUUUCCUGCUCUGUUCCAUCCUGGCCCCUAACCUCACUGGACUGGUCAACUUCUGUGUGAUGUCUGCUCUUAUUCUUGCAGUCGAUUUGUUUUUCACCUUCACCUUCUACUCCUCAAUUCUCUCCUUGAAAGCCCAAAUCAACAAGGUUCACAAGGAGAUCGAGCUGAAGCAGUUCUUGGAAGAGGAUGGAAUCGACGAGACUGUGGCAGAACGUGUUGCUUCAUCGACAGAGUUGACAACCGAUCUUUUCCACCACGACAGCAGCAUUGUCAGCUUCAAGGUGGCCAUGAUUGUUGGAUUCAUUUCUCUCCAUCUGUUUGCACUAGGAACUUCGUGGUUGUACGAUGAUUCUGCUGACUACGAACCUGUGAACUUGUUUUCCACUUUCUCGCCAACCUUGUCCAAAUCUGUUGCUCUUAAUGUUCCUAUCGGAAAACAUGGUACUCUUGUCACUGUGAUGCCAACAAGAAUCUACAGCAAGGUUGAUCUGUUCACCCAAGCUGAAGACUUUGCAUUCCACAUCUUCGGAAGAAUGUCUACCGCAAUUUCUGAUCCAUUGGUUGGAAAGUUCCUUUUUGUUCUUGCCGGAAUCAGUGUGUCGAUCAACAUCUAUCUUUUGAAUGCUACCAAUGCUCACUUGACCGAGACUCACGCAGUGAAGAAGGCCGAGAAAAAGAGAGAGAAGAUCGAGAGAAGUAAGGUGGCUAACAUUCCAAAACCAGCAGCUCCUGUUGUGAUUCCAAGAUCUUCCAACUCCAGUUCAGACGAUAUCAAGGAAGCGCAGAUUAUUGAUGAGAGCCUGAGUGACGAUCAAUCUAGCAGCGACGUUGACUCUGUCGAGAGCAAGGCCGUGGGACCAAAGCGCAGCAUUGAAGAGCUCGCUGAGAUUCUGAAGGCUGGAAACGUGAAAGAGUGUACCGAUGACGAGGUUGUUGAGCUUGUGACAACAGGCAAACUUCCAUUGUAUGCUUUAGAAAAACAAUUGGUGAACAAGACCCGUGCCGUUGUGGUGCGUAGAAAAGCCAUUGCCAAACUUGCCGAUGCUCCUGUGUUGAACACCACCAAGCUCCCAUGGAAGCACUACGAUUACGACCGUGUGUUUGGAGCCUGUUGUGAAAACGUCAUUGGAUUCAUGCCAUUGCCUGUUGGUGUGGCCGGUCCUAUGAUCAUCGACAAGGUGCCAUACCACAUUCCAAUGGCCACCACUGAAGGAUGUCUGGUUGCAUCGACCAUGAGAGGUUGCAAAGCAAUCAAUGCCGGUGGCGGUGUGCAGACUGUGUUGACCAACGACGGAAUGACCAGAGGUCCAUGUAUCUCGUUUCCAACAUUGGCCCGUACCGGUGCAGCCAAGAUCUGGCUGGACUCUGAGGAGGGACAGAAGGUGAUGAAGAGCGCGUUCAACUCGACCUCGAGAUUCGCCAGAUUACAGCAUUUGCAGACUGCCAUGGCUGGUACGUUGCUAUUUAUUAGAUUCAAGACCACCACGGGAGAUGCCAUGGGAAUGAACAUGAUUUCUAAGGGUGUUGAGUACGCUUUGAACUACAUGGUCAAAGAGUGCGGAUUCGAGGACAUGGAGGUGAUUUCUCUUUCUGGAAACUACUGUACAGAUAAGAAGGCUGCUGCCAUCAACUGGAUUGAGGGCCGUGGUAAGAGCGUUGUUGCCGCUGCGAUUGUUCCUGCCGACGUUGUGCGCAAAGUGCUCAAGUCGGAUGUGGAUGCCCUUGUGGAACUGAACGUUUCCAAGAACCUGAUUGGGUCUGCCAUGGCUGGAUCUGUUGGUGGAUUUAAUGCGCAUGCUGCCAACCUGGUGACUGCUGUCUACCUUGCUACGGGACAAGACCCUGCGCAGAACGUGGAGAGUUCGAACUGUAUCACGCUCAUGAGCAAGCUUGCGAACGGGGAUUUGCAAAUUUCUGUCUCGAUGCCAUCGAUCGAGGUUGGAACCAUUGGUGGAGGAACUGUUUUGGAGCCCCAGGGAGCCAUGCUGGAGCUUCUCGGAGUCCGUGGCCCACACCCUACGGAGCCAGGAGCCAAUGCGCGCCAACUGGCCAAGAUUGUUGCCUCUGCAGUGCUUGCUGCCGAGCUGUCGCUGUGCUCAGCACUUGCGGCCGGUCACCUUGUGCAGUCGCACAUGACACACAACAGAAAGGCUCCUGCUGCGGACGGUGCUGCCACGGCCACUUCCUCUGCUCCCGACGUGAAACGGCUUCAGGAAGGGUCCAAGAUUUGCAUUCGGUCCUAA